UCUCUGCGCAUGUCAAACAACACGUGUGGCUGCUGCGCAUUCUUGCUAAUAUCAUAGCCCUUUAAUCGUUUCUGACUAUCGCAGUUUUACAAAACUGUGUGCAGAAACACACAAAACUUUUUUUUAAAUGGGGGGCCUUCAAAAGAAAAAGUUUGAGAGGGGCUCCGCCACCAACUACAUCACCAGAAACAGCGCUCGCAAGAAGCUGCAGCUGGGCCUCGCAGACUUCAGACGUCUGUGCAUCCUUAAAGGAAUCUAUCCUCAUGAGCCUAAGCACAAGAAGAAGGUCAACAAGGGCUCCACUGCCCCGAGGACUUUCUACCUCCUCAAAGACAUCCGCUUUCUGCUGCAUGAGCCAAUUGUUGGCAAGUUCAGAGAGUACAAGAUAUUUGUUCGUAAACUAAAGAGAGCCUAUGGAAAGACAGAGUGGUCUUCAGUGGAAAGACUGAAAGAGAACAAGCCGACCUAUAAAUUGGACCACAUUGUCAAAGAAAGGUACCCUACCUUCAUCGACGCCCUCCGUGAUAUCGAUGAUGCUCUUUGCAUGGGCUUCCUCUUCUCCACGUUCGCCAGAACAGGAAAAUGCCACGUCCAGACAAUCCAACUGUGCAGACGACUCACUGUGGAGUGGAUGAACUAUGUGAUUGCGUCUCGUGCUUUGCGAAAGGUUUUCAUCUCCAUCAAGGGAAUAUAUUAUCAAGCGGAGGUGAUGGGACAGCUCAUUACAUGGCUGGUUCCAUAUCAGUUCUCCCAUGAUCACCCGACAGAUGUGGACUACAGAGUAAUGGCAACCUUUACAGAGUUUUACACAACUCUUAUGGGGUUUGUCAACUUCAGGCUGUACCAUUCUUUAAACUUGAUCUAUCCACCAAAGCUGGAUAGUAAAGCUGAAUCAGAGCUGAAGGAAGAGAACGAGGAUGACUACGCCAUGGAUUCAGAGAGCUACUCAGAGAAACUUUCAGCUCUGAGUGCCAGUCUGUCUCGUGUGGUCUCUGCAGCGGACGAAGAGGAGGCUCAGCUUGACCAGUUUCCUGCUGAAGAGGAGGACAUGGAGAAGAUGGAAGCUCAAGAAAAGGAACAGAAACAGCUGGAAGCUCAGAAAAAGAUUUUUGAGGGGCUCAAGCUCUUUGUCAACAGGGAAGUGCCACGAGAGUCCCUGGCUUUUGUCAUUAGGUGUUUCGGGGGAGAGGUGUCCUGGGACAAGUCUGUAUGCAUCGGGAGCACAUAUGAUGUGACAGAUGAGGCAAUCACACAUCAAAUUGUUGACAGACCGAAUAUUGACAAGCAGUACAUCAACAGGUACUACAUCCAGCCUCAGUGGGUGUAUGAUUGUGUCAACGCCAAACUGCUCUUGCCUGUUGAGGAUUAUUUUCUUGGAGUGACUCUACCCCCCCACCUGUCUCCCUUCGUGGAGGAGAAGGAAGGAGACUAUGUGCCCCCAGAAAAACUGAAGAUUAUGGCCUUGCAGCGAGGAGAAAAACCUGUUCAAGAAGAGGAGGAAGAUGAGGAUGAAGAAGAAGAAGAUGAUGAUGAUGAAGAGGAGGAGGAGGAGGAGAGUGGUGAUGAUGAAGAAGAAAAAUCAGAGGAGAAAAACCUUAAAAAGAUGGAAGAGCAAAGAUCCAUGGGCAAGUCUUUGCAAGUCAAAGUAACACCUGGAAAAAUGAAAGUAGAGAAUCAGUCACGCUUGGACCAGGAGGAGAAGGCAGAGGAGAAACGUCUUGCCAUCAUGAUGAUGAAGAAAAAGGAAAAGUAUCUCUACGACAAGAUCAUGUUUGGAAAGAAAAGGAAAGUCAGAGAGGCUAACAAGCUAGCUGCCAAAAGGAAAGCCCAUGAUGAUGCUGCAAAACCAAAGACCAAAAAGAACAAAAAAUAACUCCUCAUGACGUCCAAGCUGACUUCAUAUUUAUAAAACUUUGAGCUUAUGCAUAAUGGGUUGACAUAUUGUAGAAACCUGUGAGUGCAAUGAAGGGCUCAGUGUUUAAGGUUUAUUUUGUACUAUUUGGUGCUUGGACCUCUGGAUGACUACAAGCAAAACUGCAAGAUGCUGCAUCUGUUAAUGUUGUAAUUCCACAUGUAAAGUGAUCGUCUUCUCUGCUCUACUAUUCUAUGUUUUGACAUCUCCAGUGUCAUUUUAAUGAUCUUUUCCUAAAACUGGUUGUAUUGAAAUUAAAAACACUUUCAUGAA